AUGGGGCCCCCACACCGCCGACUCUGCAUGGUGCAGUUGGCCACGGUUUCUCCAGGUUUUGUUGCUAUCUUGGGAAACUCACAGCACGAUUCUCGUGCAGCCCCACGAGAAACCUGGGGGGAGCCGCACUACGUGCAGGGCACGGGGCCAGGCGGGUGCAAAGAACGCGCCGCAGCCGGGUGCAGGUGCGGCCGCGGAGGCAAACUCGGGACGCUGCAGCUACAUAAUCAUAUGAUUUGGCGUCGCCUGUUAGGCUUUCCUUUGCUAAAAUGGUGGGGUGGUCGUGCGCGUAUGAGCCGCUAUAUAGGGGGAUGGCUCUGGCGGGUUUUUAUAUUUGCAGAGUUUUUCACCCCGGUGAUAAAUACAGAAAUUCUAUAUUUGCACACAAGUGGUAGCGUCGUAACGUCAACAGCGGGUAAUCGUCUUCCACCAUACAUCGUGCGAAAGUCGAAGUCGACAAAAUAUUAA